AUGGAGUCACUUAUACUGCCCAGUGGCUCGACAGCGGUCGAUGUCAGUGUUAUUAACACCACACGCAUGACUAUCCCUGCCCACCACCCCCUGGCGCCCCCUGAUGGACUCUACUCUCUGACUCUGGACAUGCCUUCAUACUCGUUUGUUAUUGCGCAUCCGUCCGGCCGUAAAAUGCUCUUUGAUCUUGGUCUGCGCAAGGACUGGUGCAACCUGCCCCCAGCCACGCUUGGGUUCCUUGAACAAGUAGGAUGGCAAGUGGAGGCCGCGAAAAACGUCAGCGAAGUGUUGCAAGAAGGAGGUACAUCUUUGUCCGAUAUCGAGGCCGUCAUUUGGAGUCAUCAUCACUUUGACCAUGUCGGCGAUAUGACUGCCUUUCCUCUGAGUACGAAGCUCGUUGUCGGACCAGGGUUCAAGAAGCACUACGCACACGCCUUUCCAAGCAACCCGGAGUCGUCGCUUUGGGAGACCGCAUGGAAUGACCGGGAACUGCAGGAGGUCUCUUUUGAUUCUUCGUCUCUGGACGUAGGUCCGUUUAAAGCCCUCGAUUACUUUGGCGAUGGCAGCUUCUACUUAUUGGAUUCGCCGGGCCACACAGUCGGCCACCUUGCUGCCCUUGCUCACGUCACUGUUGAUGGACAGUGGUCUUCUAACAGCUUCGUUUUGAUGGCCGGCGAUACAUGCCAUUUCAUCGGACAAUUCCGACCGACCGUAUAUCGACCGCUAUCAGCGGAACAGAUACCAGAGUGUCUUCAACAGCCCCUCUGCCCUGGAACCAUUAUGGAGCGGCUACUAGCAUGUCCAUCGCAACCGCUAUUCGGAAUGCCGGAGAUGAAUGCGGUGGACAUAUCUCAGGCUUAUGAUUCGAUUGAGAAACUGCAAGUCCUUGAUUCAGCUGACAAUGUGUGGGUGAUUGUCGCGCAUGACCAGGCGUUGCUCGAUCAGAUCGAGUUCUAUCCAGCAACAAUCAAUGACUGGCAGAAGAGAGAAUACGCAGAGAAGACACGCUGGAGAUUUUGGAACACUCUAAAGCCUCAUGGACAGGGACACUGA